CCAUAGAUUCGAUAUUACGAUACGGGUAGAGUGGCGCACUAGUGCAGCGGGAUCGUCGCGCGCAUGACCGCACCGGUAAGUAGACCCAACGAAACGAUUCGCGUCUGCUCUUGUGUUGAUUAUUUUUUAUGAACUUUCAAUGAGAAUAAUAUCGUAAAACGUUCAAAGACAAUGAUAUAACGCACGAUAGUCCCGAUCUCAUGACAGAAAUCGUCAUUUCGAGGCCGAGUCUCGUCCGAACGUACGUAGAAAAUGUCAAAUUCUCGAGAGGCCGAGGUACAAAACUUGAAGGAACUAGGAAAUGCCUGCGUUAAGGAACAGAAAUACGAAGAGGCUAUGUUUCAUUAUACUCAUGCUAUCACGUUAGAUCCACGAAAUUAUUCUCUCUACAGCAAUCGCUCCUUUGUUUUUUUGAAGAUGCAGCAAUAUCACUUUGCGAUGGAAGACGCUUUGAUGACUAUACAAUUGAAGCCAGAUUGGACGAAAGGUUAUUUUAGGAAAGCCGAAGUGGAAUCGCGAACUUUCCGUUUUAGCGAAGCUUUGCAAUCUUAUAACAAAGCAUUGUCGUUGCAACCGAACGAACCUGGAAUUUUGAAAGCAAUUAAUAGAGCGUCUGGAAUGCUGAUGAAGGAUAGAAGAGCCGAUCAGCAAAUCCCAUGGCUCGGCGCAGGAGUCGGUAUCAUUCUUGGUGUAAUAGUCGUUAUAGCAGAUUAUGUAUUUACAAACAAGCCCACGUUGACGCACCCAUUAUUAAUGGCCUUACUGACGAUUUCGAUCGCAAUGCUAGGAUUUUGUAUUGCAAAAGGAUUUCGUUAUUUCGUAAAAUGUCAAAGGAAAUCACUGCUAGAACCACCGAUAGAUCUUUAUCCUGAAAGCAACAAGGACGAGUUUGAGAAUGUCGAAGCUGACAAGGAAAGUGAAAAAGAAAGACAUCCAAAAUAUAGUAAAGCUUUAGCUAGACAAAGGUUCAAAAAAGGAAAAUCGUAAUGUGUUUCGUUAAAAAAUUUUCAUUCUUGUUGCAUUUUGAUAUAUUAACCGGAGAUUAUUGUAUCUACGUAUGCGUUGCAUUUGAUUUAUUUAUCAACUCUGAAUAUCUAAAAAAUGAGAUAUUCGCACACACACACACACACAUUUGCAUUCAUUAUUAUCCAUAAUAAGUGAAAACACAGGUAGAUUUUUAUAAACCUUUGAAGAAAUUAAGAACAAUAUAAUCUCCAUUAGUUUUUCGAUAAUGGAAUUUUUAUAUACACUAUCGGAAUCAUAAAUAUUGCAUAUUUAUCCCGAUUAAGUGUAAUACAACGAAUCUCUUUUUUUUCAAGGCCGUUGAGUAUACCGGUAAGUAUACCGAUUAUUACGUUUUUACUUACAUAUAUCUCUUUCAUAUAUCUUGACUCUGUAACAAUAGUGCUCACUUAUAUACACAACUAUUUACAGCUGACCGAAUUUAGCCCCGACCUCGAUAAAAUAUUAUAUGAAGAAAGAUCAUACAUACGUCCAGUAUAUUUCUUAUCGACGUUAUAUUGUAUUAGCAAGACCAGAAUUCGAAUUGUAUCAAACGUCGCAGCAUCAUUGUGCAUAACAUCGAUGUAAAAACUAAAUGAUAAAAUACGCGAAAGGAACAUCGAUCGAAAUGUUUCAACUCUUCGAGUAUAUUCGUAGAAUUUUUUAUUAAAAAAUUGUCUUAUAAAAGAAGAAAAAAAAAAGAAAAAGGAAGAUAAUGAAAUAAGAUCUAUACGAUAAGCCUAUACUCUUAAACGUUUGGCAGUAAUGUUUUACAGGAUCAAUGACUUUUACUUUUCAGAAUGAAAACACUAGCAGAUUCAACUGCCUAUUCUUCGACUCCUCACGCGUAUUUUUGAUUAUACAUAUGAUGAUUAUAUAAUGCAAUUUUUCGACAAGAUUAUAAAGUUUGCACGAGAGGUCGUGUUAAAAGGUC